AUGGACCCGAACAAGCUUCGAGAAUUCAUCUCGGCGCGCUGCGUCACCGGCGAGGGAUUGGUCGUGUCGCGCCGCGAGAUUAGAGACGCAUUGUUGGCUUGGAAUGGAGGUGAGAAGGUUCCGAGGGGGCUACCCGAAGCCAUGAAGGAGGCGGGUUACGCUCUUGCAUCCAGAAGCUAUGGGUCGGACAAAACGAUGACGGGAGUCUACUUGGGUGUGGCAAUAAGCGCGACCCAACAGGGGACGAAGCGGGUAGAAGAAGUACUGGACGCCGUUAUUGACCGCGCAGAAGUUGCCUCAGGGCCCCUCCCGCCUGGCGCAGUGGUGUGCAUGCCUGAGGUGUUGAUUUUUGAUGCCGAGAAUCAUAGCUUCCGAAUAAGGAAGACGAACGACAAACCAACCAAAGUUAGCAUCCUCGACCUCAUUUCUACCGUCACCGGCACUUCGAAUCCCAGGAAAACCUGGCAUGAUUUAUCCGGGCGCUUCAGUAACUCGGAUGAACUACACCACUCAUCUUAUCAAUUUGCCGGCCAAGGGCAGCAGCAAACCCCGGUGGUGGAUGCGCGGGGGGCGGUCAAGAUCAUCAAUCACCUCUCGGGCCCGCGUGCAGCCAUGUUCCGCAAUACAUGUGCAGACAUAGUCGUCAGAUUUGCCGAGGGGGAUGAAAGUCUCGUGAACGAGAUCCGGAAAAAUCGAGAUAUGGAUCCGUUCCGCACCGUUUUGAACACCCAGGCGUUGAUGGACUCCGACAAGCUUCGCGCUUUCGUCUCGGCGCGGUGCGAUGCCGGCGAGGGGUUGCUCGUCGCGCGCCGCGAGCUCAGAGAUGCGUUCCAGGUGUGGCAGGGAGGGGAGCCCGUUCCCAAGGGUUUUCCAGAGGCCAUGGAGGGGGCGGGCUACGCUAUCGCGACCAGGGCGUACGGGCCAAACCGAAAGAGCACCGGCGUCUACGUCGGCUUAUGUUUACGUCCGGUGGUCGAGUCCACCACUGAGGUUGUCAACGAGACGCCGUCGCUCGAGAACGUUGGUGCAGUCGUCAGCACCCAGCCGAGGGACCUAGUUCUCGACAAUGAUCUUUUCGGAGAGUUUCGAGGCGCUCGCAUCAGGAAGACGACUGAUGUGCCGCCCAAGAUCAGCAUCAUCGACCUGAUUGCUGUUGUCACGGGUGCUUUGAAUCCGAGGAAGACUUGGCACGAUCUAUCCAAACGGUUUGAAGAAGAAGCAAUUCCCGUUGGGAACGACUUCGCGAAGUUCCCAGGGCAGGGCC